AUGCGCACGAUGUGGAAGUAUCGUCGACGCAUUUCCGCUGGGCUCCUCGUGGCCUUGUCCUCACGCCCGAAAGCGCCUCCUACGGACUUUGAGGCCAUGGACGACGACGCCUCCUACGCCGCGGUGACCAUGAUCCAGACCAACGUGCGAGCGCACCAGAUCAGGAAGCGCAAGCAGAAGGAACGCGACUCCAACGGCGCGUCCCGCGACGCGCCUCCAACCCCCGUCCACGGGCGCACCGAAGAGACAGCCGCGCGAACCGAGGAACUCGACGGCUGGAAGCGCCGCGCCGCGCGUGCAAUCGCGCUCGUCCUCGCCCUCCUCUUCGUGUACGUGUAUCGCCCCAUGCUUUGGGCGGUCAACGUGCCCUCGAGCCUCCUCGCGGCGAUACAGCGAUGGAUACUCCGCCCCGUCGCUCGACGCCUGGGUUUCGACCUCGCCUGCUGCGGAGGGGCGGUGGGCUGA